AUGGCUUCCACACCGAUUGAAGCCGUCAAUGGCCUCGCACCCCAGCACAAGCAGCUCGAGCAGCUUCUCCAUACUCCAGACCGCCGACCCUCACCUCUUCCCACACAUCUGAGCGCACCGGGCUCAGGAAGUUCAACACCUCGAACAAUCCCACAGGAAGGCUCGGGCGGCUCCGGAUAUGUUGCACCCGUUUUCGAGGGCAAGGCCCAGCAGAUGGAGGCCGUUAUGGACGGCGUUGAGGAGAAGGGCUUCAUGCCUCCAGAGCUCGUAGAGUCAGAAACCAAGUGGUUCUACAACGAGCUGGGCAUUGACGACAUGUACUUUGCUACCGAGACGGUGGAAGCUAUCAUCAGCCACAUCCAUUCGCUCUACGCCGCAAAGGUCGCCGCAUACGCCAGAGACGACAAGCGCCUCGAGAUCCGGCUCGACAAGGAAGCCGCUGAUCACGCCGUAUAUAUCGAUACCAGCAGACCCGGUGUGUCCGUCAUUGACGGUCCUCAGUACGAGCAGCGUCUGGGCAAGAAGUACCUGGCUGUAUCCAAGCCUGGCCUCGCAUACCGUGUAGAGAGCUUCCGUUCGGAGAGCCCACUACCAGGCAGCGACGACCAGCAAUUGCGCUGCUACUUCGUCUACCAGUGCGACUUUGUCGACCCCAACCCCAGCGAGACAGAGACCAACAUUGAGAAGAUUGGUGACAAGCGUUUCCUGCAGAAGGCGACUGAAAACACAAAGGUCAUCUACCAGCAGAUUCUCCAAGUCGCUGUAGAGCGUACUGGUCCCGUCAUUGACCACUUCGACAUCGAAGGCUCAAGAGACAAGCGUCUGGUUGUCGGCUUCAAGCGCGGAAGUGCUUUGGGUUUGUUCAGUGCUCUGAGCGACCUGUACCAUUACUACGGCCUGACUACCUCGCGAAAGUAUGUCGAGCAGUUCUCCAACGGCUACACUGUCAUGUCUCUCUACUUGCGCCCGCUUCCAGGAGCUGCCGGUGCCAAGCACCCACCGAUUGAAGCCUCGAUCCACCAGAUCACCAAGGAGGUUUCAUUGCUCUACUGUCUUCCGCAGAACAAAUUCCAGACGCUCUUUGCUACGAGCAGACUGAGUCUACAAGAGACUAUCUACGCACACUGCGUCUGGGUCUUCAUUACCCACUUCCUCAACCGACUUGGAAGCGAAUACACUGCUCUGUCGGCUAUUCUGGACCCAGAGAACAGUGUACAUGCCGAGUUGCUAUCUAAGCUGAAGCGCCGGCUACGUGCCGAGACCUUUACCGCGGACUACAUUUACGAGAUCAUCAUGACCUACCCGGAACUGGUUCACACCUUGUAUCUGCCAUUUGCUAAGACUCACUACGUCCAGACUCGGGGUCAAGAGGAUGACUUCCUACCAACUCUGAGUUAUCUCCGCCUCCAGGUCGACAAGGUCCAAACAGAUGCGGAACUGACCGACACCAUUAACAAGGCUGUUGUCAACGACCACCACGAGAUGGUGAUGACUGCUUUCCGUGUCUUCAACCAGUCAGUGCUGAAGACCAACUUCUACACUCCCACCAAGGUCGCCAUCAGCUUCCGCCUAAAUCCCAACUUCCUACCCUCCACAGAAUACCCCCAGCCGCUGUACGGAAUGUUCCUCGUCAUUGGCUCCGAGUUCCGUGGUUUCCAUCUUCGCUUCCGCGACAUUGCCCGUGGUGGCAUCCGUAUCGUCAAAUCUAGGAGUCAGGAGGCAUACUCCAUCAACGCGCGCUCCAUGUUUGACGAGAACUACAACCUCGCAAACACGCAGCAACGUAAGAACAAGGACAUCCCAGAGGGUGGCUCCAAGGGUGUUGUUCUCCUUGACUUCAAGCACCAGGACAAGGCCCGGGGCGCUUUUGAGAAGUACAUCGACAGUAUCCUCGAUCUUCUCCUGCCUCCUACCAGUCCUGGUAUCAAGGAUCCUAUUGUCGAUCUCCACGGCAAGGAGGAGAUCCUCUUCAUGGGUCCCGACGAGAACACUGCUGAUCUCGUCGACUGGGCUACUGAGCAUGCGCGUGCUCGUGGUGCGCCAUGGUGGAAAUCUUUCUUCACUGGAAAGAGCCCUAAGUUGGGUGGUAUCCCUCACGACCGAUACGGCAUGACAACUCUGUCUGUCCGCGAGUACGUCCUGGGUAUCUACCGCAAGCUUAACCUCGACCCCAGCAAGGUCCGCAAGCUGCAGACAGGUGGCCCCGAUGGUGAUCUUGGCUCGAACGAGAUUCUGCUCAGUAACGAGAAGUACGUUGCUAUCGUUGACGGUUCCGGUGUCUUGGUCGACAACAAUGGAAUCAACCACGAGGAGCUGGUACGUCUAGCCAGAGAGCGCAAGAUGAUCAACCACUUCGAUGCUUCGAAGCUAUCGUCAGAAGGCUACCGUAUUCUGGUUGACGACACCAACAAGCGACUACCGAACGGAGACCUCGUGUACAACGGCACAACCUUCCGAAACACGUUCCAUCUUCGCAGUGACAUGCAUUACGAUUCCUUUGUUCCAUGCGGUGGCCGACCCGAGUCUAUCGAUCUGUCAACCGCCAACAAACUCAUUGUCGACGGCAAGUCGGUAAUCCCGUACAUUGUGGAAGGUGCGAACCUGUUCAUCACUCAGGACGCUAAGCUCCGUCUCGAGAAGGCCGGCUGUAUUCUAUACAAGGAUGCUUCAGCCAACAAGGGCGGUGUUACAUCUUCCUCGCUUGAAGUGCUUGCGUCGUUGGCAUUCGACGACGAGAGCUUCCUCAAGCACAUGUGCGUUGGUGAAGAUGGCAAGGCGCCAGAGUUCUACAACAACUACGUUCGGGAAGUGCAGAAGACUAUCCAGAACAACGCGCGUCUUGAGUUCGAGGCCAUCUGGAGGGAACACCAGGAGACUGGUCAGCCUCGCAGCAUUCUCAGCGACACCCUCAGUACCGCAAUCACGAAGCUGGAUGAGGAGUUACAGAACACUGAGCUGUGGAAGGACGUUAAGUUCCGGGAGUCGAUUCUCAAGGAGGCGUUGCCAAACAUCCUACUCGAGAAGAUCGGCCUCGAUAAGAUUAUCAAGAGGGUACCCGACAACUAUCUACGUGCCAUUUUCGGAAGUUACCUCGCCAGCCGCUUCGUUUACGAGUACGGUGUAUCAGCCAGUCAAUUCUCUUUCUUCGAUUUCAUGAGCAAGCGCAUGGCAAAGGGUAGCAACUCAGCUACUCGCUAG